CCAAGUUGUCAGCACAGAGCCCGACAUGGGGCUCGAACUCACCAACCAUGAGAUCAUGGCCUGAGCCGAAGCCGGUCGCUUAACCAACUGAGCCACCCAGGUGCCCCUUGGGGGGGACACAUUUCAACCCUAAACACACACCAGUUUGGUUUAUAAAGGUUUAUUACUAAUUUAGUGAGGCUUCCAGGCAGAACAACUGGCUUCGAAGUUUAUUUUGUUUCGGGGGUGGUAAUGGGAGGAGGGCCCCCCACCCCUCCUCCAGGGCAGAGGAAGAAGUCCCUAGGCUUACUUGUCAGCUGGCCCAGGUGUGGGGCAGGAGGGCGACUGGCGGGUCUUAUAAGUUGUCAGCAUAAAACAGCAAAAAUUGAGCAGAUUCUUUAUUAUCCAAAGCAAUUGAUAGUAGGCUGCUGGCUGCAUUACAGUAAGCAAAUGCACCUGUAUUUCUCUCAUAUCCUGCUUGGGAUGGUUUUCUGUGCCAUCUUGCUUUAUUGUCACAACCUGGUGAAGGAGUGGGGUUUGUUGCUAGGAAUUAGCCCUGCUCACCAGGUUUGGACCAUUUAUUCUGGGCAUUGAAGACCGCUGCCCAAGAAGUGUGCAGCUCUGACGGGGUGCACUGGUCUCCGUUGUCAGAGGUGGGUCAGCGUGCAUGAACACCCUGGUCUCCAGAAUCAGACUCUCCAGAUGUAGAAAACCUCUGCAGGUAAAUCUUCUGGGCAGUUGGAAAAAGAAGAAGGACAAGGAAAGUAUGGCGUGCCCCAUCACCUAGGAGACACGGCCAGGGAGUUGUCAGGGCCCUCAUUUUUCCUGCUGGACUCAAAGGAAGCCGUCGAAGGGUGUAGACCACAGUGUCUGCUCACUGACUUAGCAAGGAAGUACCGCUAGAUGCACUGGGCCCUCAGGGCGGUGGUCAUCACCCCUUGUCCCUGUGGGGAGACGCCCCAGGUCUGGUCAGCAUGGAGGCCAGGAGCCCACGCCCACCAUGGGCCUCUGCACAGGACCUGAGCUGGCUUCCAUGUUUGGCUUUGCACUCUGGCCCGUAAUGGGGAGGUGACCCCAGCCUCACAGAACGUCGUCCUCUGGAAGCCGGAGCUAGAAUGAGCUUGUAGCAGUGGAAUCAGACUAAUGGGGGGGAGGGGAUUGGUUCAUCUGUUGAGUAAUUUUCAAAAGAGCAAAGGCAUUUUCUUGGUACUCUUCCAUAUUUUAUAUUCCCCCUAUUUUGGGAAGCAGAAAAAGAUAGUGAUGAUGUUAGUAAUUACCCACACCUGCUCUGCAGAAAGCCUCCUGGGCUGCAUGUGCCUGAGGCCGGGCCGGGUACUCAGGGUUUUUGUAAUUAUUAGUUGUAGUUUUAAGUUACCUAAAAUCUACCUGAGUCUUAAAAGUGAUGAGCCCCGGGGGAGCCAGAGGACUGAGGUUUGGGUCCAGCCGUGUUUGCUGGUGUGGGGGCGGUGGGCAGGCCUCUGUGCUGUUUCCACCUCGCAGGACGUUUUGGGUAUGGCGUUGCUGUGCUCAUGGUGCCGGAAGCAACAGACUUGUGUCGCAUGGUCCUGGAGGCUGGGUGCCCUGACUGCAGUGUGGUCAUGGUUGGUUUCUCCUGAGGCCUCUCUCCCUGGCUUGUGGACGGCCACCUUCUCGCCGUGGCCUCAUGUGGCCUUUUCUGUGAAGCUGUAGACAGAGAGCCAGCUCUCCACAAGCCCCAGGCUUAGGACCUCGUUUAACUGCAAUUGCCACCAAAACGGAAUUCUUGAUCUAACUGUAAUGUUGUGGGGGGGGGGGGGGGGGCGGGGUUCUGUCCACACCAGCAAACAAUUCUGAGACACCUGCAGGGUGUCUGAAAUUGAGCUCAUCGCUGACCCUGUCUGGCUGGAGACAGCGAGCGUCUCCCACAGGUUCAGGGUCUUGUCAUGCAAGACCACCCCUCCCUCCAACCCCCACCCCCAGCCCCACUUCCACGCUGCAGGCCCGGGCCGCUGCCGUGCUUGUGACAUGGGCUACAGCUUGGGGCUCCCAUGAACACCUCCUGCCUAGGAUGCCAGCAGUGAGAAUCCAGGCUGCCUCCUAUGCUUCUGGCUGACUAGGGGUGAGUCCGGUUCCCAUGACCCUUCUUUGGGGUCAGUUAAUUGCUGCAGUGACUCACAGAACUCAGGGAAACGUGUUACUUACUAGAUUACCCAUUUGUUACAAAAGGAGUGAUUCGGGAAUAGCCAGAAGAGGAUCUGCACCAGCCAGGUGUGUGGGGAGGGGCACGGAGUCUCCCUGCCCUCUCAGAUCUCGUGCUCACCAACCUGGAGGCCCUCACAACCCCAUCCUGUCGGGGUUUUCUGGAGGCUUCAUUACACAGGCAUGAGUGAUGAACUCAUUGACCACUGGUGAUUGAUCCAACCUCCAGUCCCUCCUGUCCACGAACUUAAAGUUGCAAUCCUGUAACCACGUGGUUAGGUCCCCAGGCCACCUGCCCCCAUCCUCAGGUGCUUUCCCAAACUCACUCGUUAACAUUAUAAGAGGCACCUUUACACCUCACAAAGAAAAUCCCAAGGGUUUUUAGGAGCUGUGUGCCAGGAAUGGAGAAGAACCAAAUAAAUUCUUUUAAAUCACAGUAUCACACUCUGCACAGACCUCGUCUCCAAAUGUAGUCGCACGGGGGUGACAGCUUCAACAAAGGACUUUGAACACAAUUGAGACUGUGAAAGCGUUGAAAGUAGAUCGAAAGCAUCGGGGGCGGAGCUUAGCAGUCUGUGCUGUACAGUUGUGUUUCCAGGACUCUCCUCACAGCAGGCAGAGGAUGAGACGCCCAGAGACCCGGCGUGGAGUCUCCUUCCGGACUGCGGGCUAGAAGUGGAAUUACUGGUCAAAGGACGCUCAGAUUUGGGAGAAGUAGCCCCAGGAAUAAAAGCAUCUGAGAGACGGACUGCGGUGGCCAUUGCAGAUCUGGAAUGGAGAGAAAUGGAAGCAGAUGACUACGGUACAAAUGAGGCUCAGGACAGUGACUUCCCAACAGCGGAGAGGAGCAGGCUGCAGGAGAUGCUGUCGCUGCUGGGGCUGGAGACCUAUCAGGCCCAGAAGCUCAGCCUCCAGGACGCCCUGCAGAUCAGCAGCGACAGCAUGAGAAACUGGGCCCCUCAGGCCCCCAAAGACCUGCCCUGGAAUUUCCUCAGGAAGCUGCAGGCCCUCAACGCUGAGGCCAGGAACACCACCAUGGUGCUGGAUGUGCCCCCGGACGCCAGGCCCAUGGAGAAGGAGAGCCAGAUGGAAGAGGAGAUCAUUUACUGGGACGCGGCUGACGACAUCUCCGCGGACAUCUAUUCCUUCUCAGAGCUGCCGACGCCCGACACGCCUGUGAACCCCUUGGACCUUCUCUGUGCCCUUCUGCUCUCCUCAGAUGGUUUCCUGCAGCAGGAAAUUGUGCUGAAAAUGUCCCUGUGCCAGUUUGCACUCCCUCUUGUCUUGCCUGACUCGGAGAACCACUACCACACGUUUCUGCUGUGGGCCCUGAGGGCUGUGGUGCGGACGUGGUGGGCGCAGCCCCCGCGGGGUGUGGGCGGCCUCCGAGAGGACAGCGCGGUGCUGUCCCGGGCUCCUACCUUCGCCUUCGUGCGCAUGGAGGUCAGCAGCAACUCCAAGUCACAGCUGCUCAACGCUGUGCUCAGCCCCAGCCACCGGCCACGGGACUGCUUCUGGCAUCGCGACCUGAGUGUGGGCACCAACCCCCGGGAGAUCGCAGAUGGGCUGGUGGAAGUCUCCUGGUUCCUCCCCAGCGGCAGGGAGGACCUGGAUGUGUUCCCGGAGCCCGUGGCCUUUCUGAACCUGCGGGGCGACAUCGGGUCUCACUGGCUGCAGUUCAAGCUCUUGACCGAGAUCUCGUCCGCCGUGUUCAUCCUGACCGACAACAUCAGCAGGAAGGACUAUAAGCUGCUCUACUCCCUGAGGGGCUCAGCCACCAAGUACUAUUUCAUCCUGAGCCCCUACCGUGGGAAGCGGAACACAAACCUCAGGUUCCUGAACAAGCUCAUCCCGGUGCUGAAGAUGGACCACUCACACGUGCUGGUGAAGGUCAGCAGCACUGACAGCGCAGGCUUCGUGCGCAGGGUCCGCUCCAUCGUGGCGCACGUGGCCCGGUCCCCCUGCAGGAGGUUGUCUGUGGAGGAGAUGGCGCACGCGGCCCGUAAGCUGGGGCUGAGGGUGGACGAGGACUGUGAUGAGUGUCAGCGGGCAAAGCAGCGUAUGGAGCGCAUCACCAGGAGGAUCAAGGACUGUGAUGCCUACCGCAGGGACGAGCUGUGGCUGCAGGGGGACCCCUGGCGGAAGGCGGCCCAGGUGGAGAAGGAGCUGUGCCAGGCCCAGAGGGCAGGGGACCCUCCUGACAAGGGCAGGGCGGAGCUGGGGCACCGGCUGCUAGAACUUCGUGCACAGCAGAACCGCCAGGACCCUGCCUGGGGGCUGCAGGAGUUCAUCGCAGGCAUCAGCAGCGCCUCACUGGCUGAGAAGCAGUACUUCCUGAGGUGGAUGGAGUGGGGACUGGCUCGCGUGGCCCAGCCAAGGCCGCGGCAGCCUCCUGAGACCAUUCUUAGCCUGAGACCCAAGCACUGUGGCAUGGUGGACUUCGGGGAGCUGCUCUGGCCUGAGCCCCUGGGUGUAGAGCACUUCCUGCGGGAGAUGGGACAGUUUUACGAGGCAGAAAGCUGCCUGGUGGAGGCAGGGAAGCUGCCGGCCGGCCAGAGGCGGUUUGCCCACUUCCCGGGCCUGGCCCUGGAGCUGCUGCUGAAGGGGCUGCCCUUGGAGCUGAUCGACGGCAGCACGCUGAGUACCCCCCUGCACUGGGUCACGGGGCUCCUGAAGGAGCUGCACGUUCGCCUGGAGAGGAGGUCGCGCCUGGUGGUCCUGUCGGCACUGGGUGCACCGGGCACUGGGAAGUCCACGCUUCUCAACACCAUGUUUGGGCUGCGCUUUGCCACGGGGCGGGGGUGUGGCCCUCGAGGGGCCUUCAUGCAGCUGGUCACCGUGGCCGAGAACUUCAGCCAGGAUCUGGGCUGCGACCACAUCCUGGUGAUAGACUCUGGGGGCUUGAUAGGCGGGGCCCUGACCGCAGCCGGGGAGAGGUUUGAGCUGGAGGCCUCCCUGGCCACUCUGCUCAUGGGGCUGAGCAACGUCACUGUGGUGAGCCUGGCUGAGACGAGGGACAUACCACCAGCUGUUCUGCACGCGUUUCUGAGGUUGGAGAAAACGGGGCACGUGCCCAACUAUCAGUUUGUGUACCAGAACCUCCAGGAUGCGUGUGCCCCCGGCCCCAGGCCUCGGGACAGGAGGCCGCUCCUGGAUCCCCCUGGAGACGUGAGCAGAGCUGGCGCACAGAUGGAGAAGCAGGGGGACGGCAUCCGGACGCUGGCCGACCUGGCCUUUUGCGACCCUGAGAAGCAGCAUGUUUGGCACAUCCCUGGCCUGUGGCAUGGGGUGCCUCCCAUGGCUGCGGUGAGCUUGGGGUACAGCGAGGCCAUUUUUGAGUUAAAGAGGUGUCUGCUGGAAAACAUCAGGAACGGCCUGUCCAACCAGAACAAAAACAUCCAGCAGCUCAUUGAGCUGGUGAGGCGGCUCUGAGUGUUAGGAGGGGGCCUGUUCUGAAGGUGGUGUGCUGUGGGGGCUGUGCCCGGCACCUGACCCCGUGAGAAGGGAGAAGGGCAAGAGCCUGGGGGGAGGGGGCUGGGGUUCCCUAAACAGUGUUGAGAGGGAGGUGACCGCACAGACCUACUCAGAGAUGCUCUCGGGAGCCAAGGGGCCCUGGGGCAGGGCGUGCACACACAGCAGGAGUUUGUUCCGUGUGCAGCUCCUUUCCAGGCCCCUGUGCUCUGGCUCCCUUUCCUUCGUCCCUGGGGUGGGGGGUAGUACCCCUGCAGCCCAGCCGGUACGGGGUGGGGGUGAGGAAGGGGGGUUGCUGGACGCCGCCCUGAGGAAGUGGAGGCAGGCCCUUCCUCCGUGACCUGCUGGUCCCGACUGACCCCCAUGGAGAGUCCCCCCUGGCUCCCUCCACCUCCUGCAGCCGUGUCUGCCCCGCCCCAGACUGUGAGUUCCUUGGGGAUGGGGCUGUGUGUGACCUGACUCUGUACCCCCAGGGCCUGGCACAGGGCCCUGCGCACUGUAGGCGCUUAAUAAAUGUUUGUUGAAAGA